GAUCAAAGAUGUAUAUCCCCUCCCCUUGAUUGACGAUUUGCUGGAUGCGAUUGGAUAUGUUAAGACAACUUUCGGCUUGUUCGAAGGCAUGUGGCAGUGGGUUCGGUGUCCGAUGGGGAUCUGCAAUGCGCCAGCUACAUUUCAAAGAGCGAUGAACGUGACGUUCCAGAACUUUGUCAACAAGACUCGGUUAACGCAGAGGAUGAUUAAUUUUUGCGUUAUUGUGUAUAUGGACGACAUUCUGGUCUACUCCAAAUCGUACCACAGGCAUGCACAACACAUCAAAUGGACGCUGGGAGAACUGAGAGAUGCCGGAUUCAAGAUUGCGCUGGAGAAAAGCGAGUUCUUCCUUUCGAAAAUUUCGUUUUUGGGCUACGUGGUGACACGGGGAGGCUUGAGGCCCGAUUCGAGAAAAGUCGCGACUGUCAGAGAUGCUCCAGUUCCCACGUCGCUGACACAGGUUCGAGCCUUCCUAGAACUGACGUCGUAUUAUCAUCUAUUUAUCAAGGGAUUCCUUGUUAUCGCACGGCCUCUAAUGAAUCUGCUACGAAAGGACCAGCCUCUCAGCUGGGACGCGGAGUGCAAACGGGGCUUUAUCACUCUCAAGGAAGUCUUGGCCACGACACCUAUUUUGAUCCGACCGGACCCAGCAAAGCAGUUCAUUCUCAUCACGAAUUGGCAGCCCGAGGCAAUCUCCGCUAUUCUAGCGCAGAUGAGGAACGAUAGUCGCGAACACGUCAUCGAGUACGCGUCCCGUACUGUGCCGGACGAGCGAAGAAACGAUUCAGCUCCCCAGCGAGAAUGUUACGCGGUGGUUUGGGGAAUCCAACAUUUUCAUCCGUAUCUUUGUGGGCAGAAGUUCCUCCUCGUUACCGACCACGAGCCGCUAUUGGUCCUCAAAAGGCUUACUAAUUAUACGGGUAUGAUUGGACGUUGGACGGUGCGGUUACAAGAAUACGAUUUCGAUAUCAUCCACCGAAAGAUAGAGAGGCACGGGAACGCAGAUGGGUUGAUACGAUUGCAUCGUCCGACGAAGGUCGCCAAAGGCGAAGAGAUCAUCCCGUGGAAAGAACCAGAACCAAUGAGCGGGCCUCGGUACGAACAGGUGGCAGUUCUUCCGCGUGACAAGAAGCAAGCAUGGGUGACAGAGAGGAGAAAAGUCGCGCGUGCUGACGUGGCAGCCGUGCGUUCGUCAGAGGAGGAAGAGGAUAAAGCGAAGGAGGAGGGGGAGGAGGGGGAGGAGGACGAGGAGGUGGUCGACGACACGGAGGUGGAGAAAGAAGAGGACGAGGAGAGGGAGGAAGGCGGGGAGGAGGACUCCAAUAUGGCGGAGGAGGAGGUCGAAGACCACGAGGAGGUGGUGAGGGUCGAUGAGGUGGAGGAGAAGGAUGGGGAGGACGAGGAGGAGGAGGAGAAGGAGGAAGGAGAAGAACAAGACGCAGAAAGGAGGAGGACGAUGACAAGGAGGGAGGAGGAGGAGGACAAGGAGGAGGAGGACGACGAGGAAGAGGAGGAGGAGGAGGUAGACUUGGAGGAGGAAGACGAGAAGGAAGAAGCAGAUGACGAGGAGGAGGAGGAGGUGGGGGAGGAGGUCGACGAGGUGGAGGAGGAAGAACACGAGGAGGAGGUGGAGGAGGUCGACGAGGCAGAGGAGGAGGAAGAAGAUGAGGAGGACGAGGUGGAGGGCCUGGAGGGCGAGUAGAACGGGGAGGAUAUGGCGGAUUACGAGUCAGA